GCUGGCAAUACAAAACAAAAAGCUGCCCAUUGCAUCAGGCGCUGGUCGCUCCAACAAGACAAAACUUUAAAAAAACGAAACUUGCAGUUGACUGCAACGUUGAAUAUUAUUAGAUUGCAGCAUGCCUAGUAGUACGUCUAUGCCGGACGCCGACGAGAGCGAGUCGGAGGUCCCACCACCUCUAGUGCACGCUUUCGCCGGCACAGGCCUCGACGAGCCCGGGACGCAGAGCCAAGCCACUGAGCAAACCGACGAGAGCCAUUCCCAGCUCCACCACCACCACCACCACCACCUGUCCCCUGUUUCUCAUUUUAGUCUUCUCGGCACGGUUUUAGACUUGAAGCCUCUAUCUCUGCAUCAGCCGUCUUCCGAAGAAGAGGAAAAUGUCGCGGCGACAGAGGAAGAGACAGAAGUUUUAGCAGAGGACUCCGACAUAGGAAGCAUCGAAAUGGGCUGCGCUAGCACGUUGCUAGCUCAGGCCCACCGUCACGCCUCGUCGGGGCCGGCUGGACCUGUGAUGCAGCCGGGGAUUGAACCGCCGCCUCCCGAUACAAUCUUGUUGUACGGCAACGAUGAGUUGGACGAUACUGGUACCUUGCAGACGACGAACAACGGGAUGGUGUUAUUGCCGAAUGGUGUGUACAGCGAAACCACCUAUGAAGUGGAGCCGUCGCUGCUGAUGCGGAGAAAGAGCGUCAACACCACGGAGUGCGUGGCCGUGCCGAGCUCCGAGCACGUCGCUGAGAUCGUGGGCAGACAGGGCUGUAAGAUCAAGGCUCUCCGUGCGAAGACCAACACUUACAUUAAAACACCAGUGAGGGGUGAGCAGCCUGUCUUUGUCGUAACAGGACGCAAAGAAGAUGUUGCCAUGGCCAAGAGAGAGAUUCUCUCUGCUGCUGAGCACUUCUCCCUCAUCAGGGCCUCUCGAAACAAGGCAGGCCCUCUGUCUGCUGUAGUGGGCCCUGGACUCCCAGGGGCCCCUUCUCUACCAGGGCAGACAACCAUUCAGGUGCGGGUGCCGUAUCGUGUUGUGGGGCUGGUCGUGGGUCCCAAAGGGGCAACCAUCAAACGCAUUCAACAGCAGACACACACCUAUAUCGUUACACCAAGCCGUGAUAAGGAGCCAGUGUUUGAGGUCACAGGGAUGCCGGAGAAUGUGGACAGAGCCAGGGAGGAGAUAGAGGCCCACAUCGCACUCCGCACUGGCACCUGUAGCAGCAUGGAGGUUCCUGGUGUGGAUGACAAUGACUUCCACUUCAAUGGGACAGAUGUCAGCUUUGAAGGCUCCACAACAGUGGCAGGUUUGGGAGAGGGGGCGUGGCUUCAGAUGAACGCAUCAUCACCCAGUGGGGGAAUACCGCCUGUGAGCAUCUCUGGCACUCAGCGAAUCAACAGCAAUAUUAAUGGUGGGGUUAGGAUGUCUUCAACCUACCGCAAUGACAGCUCCAGCUCCCUUGGCAGUGGCUCCAGUUCAGCAGAUUCAUUCUUUGGCAGUGGGAAUGGGAGCAGGAUCGCAGAUUUCAGUCCAACCUGUCAGUUUAACGCCAAUGUAAACAACAACAACAACAACAGCAGCAGCAAUGGUGGAGGAGCGAGUUUCUGGUUUGGCGAUGGCCUACUUUCCUUGGGAUCAGAGGAGCUUGCUGGUUUAGGUGGGGGAAGUUCCUCCUCAGGAUUUGACCCUUUAACAAUCUCCACUGCCCCAGGAUCUCAUCCGGUCUCUCAGCCCCAGGUCUGGAGUCCCUUUGUGGACAACCAAGGUGUCCACCCCUUUGAUGCCCGCCACACUCAGACCAGUCAGCCAGGAACGCCGCGGCUCUCCCCAACGUUUCCUGGGACCGAGGCCCUGGAGCAUCCCCAGGCCCAGCGCGUCCAGCGGGGGCCUAUUUGCUUGGCUGGGGUCCUCGAUUCUCACAGGUUCCCAGUUUACGGCUCUGCCUUCUCUUCUUCCAGUGACAGCACUGCUUCUGCCUCCUCCUCUUCCCCCCCAGAAUCCUCCCACCCCUACCGACUUGGGUUUGGAUUGGCAGGGAAAGGACAGGAGAUGUGUAUCCAUUGUAUGGAGAGUCAGGUGAUAGCUGCCCUGGUUCCCUGUGGGCAUAACCUCUUCUGCCUGGAGUGUGCCACCCAGAUAUGCAAGGGUCCUGAUGCUGUAUGCCCUGUGUGCUUUUCCCCAGUCACACAGGCCAUACAGCUUCGUAAUAUUUGAUUUAACCUAUUGUCGGGUUGCCCUUAAGUUUCACAGAAGGUCGGUUCCCUAUUAAUUCCUACUCUUAACUUAAAACAUCAGUGGGGAACUUAUAAAACUGACCUUUAAUUAGUGUUUUGGGCACAUUCUCAACCUACAUUGUUUCCUCCACAUUUUGAUGUGAUCGGCAGGGCAGAGAGAGCAUAGGGGAACAAGAAUAUAUCUGCAUCGAUGGCAUGGUUUAGGUUUUGUGAGACUCAUACACGUGCCUGUUAUUGUGAAGUCUUCUUUCUAGAUUGUUGACCAGUGGAGGGUCUGUGACCCACCAUGUAGCAUUGGGUGGGGUGGAAUUCUGUUCUUUGCUUAUUUUUUUUCUUCUUCCUGAAAUACGUAGUGAUUAGUUUCUGCCUACCGAAAUUUUUAUCUUUUAACUAUGUGUUUUGAAUUUUCAUUGACUAUUUGAUGAGUUCAGC